GGAAUGCUCUAGAACCAAACAGCACCUGCUUAACGGAAGAGCAACACGCUGGAGAAAGGAGGCUGUGAGGGCGGACUGCAGCUUCCUGUUGUGGCUUUUGUCACCAGUUUGUUAAUCUGCAAGCUUCAUGCAAUUUCAAAGUGUGGGGGCCUCAAGCUAAACAUCUCAUCCAGACUUGUGACUCCUCACCGCUCGUCUCUGCAGAGCUGACAGUCCUGUGAAACGCUGAAGUCUCUCGUCAGUCCUGGUUGUAGCACGAGACGAGGAGUUUCCUUCCACCGCCUCCAUCCAGGACUUCAGGACCAGGUCCGGCUCGACUCUCCCAGGCCUCAGCAUGUCCACCGACCCCGCCGUCGAGCUGCCGUUCUUCUACGGCAGCAUCAGCCGCGCGGAUGCCGAGCAGCACCUGAAGCUGGCCGGGAUGUCUGACGGCCUCUUCUUGCUGCGACAGUGUCUCCGCAGUCUGGGAGGCUACGUCCUGUCCAUCGUGUGGAACCUGGAGUUCCAUCAUUACUCCGUAGAAAAGCAGCUCAACGGGACCUACUGCAUCACAGGAGGGAAGCAUCACUGUGGGCCUGCCGAGCUCUGUGAGUUCUACAGCAAAACCCCCGAAGGCCUGGUGUGCAUCCUGAAGAAACCUUGUCUGCGCCCCCCGGACACGCCGAUACGCUGCGGCGUGUUUGACAACCUGAAAGACAACAUGCUGAGGGAGUACGUGAAGCAGACCUGGAACCUGGAGGGAGAAGCCAUGGAGCAGGCCAUCAUCAGUCAAGCUCCUCAGCUCGAGAAGCUGAUCGCCACGACGGCCCACGAGAAGAUGUCUUGGUAUCACGGUAAAAUCAGCCGCCAGGAAAGUGAGAGGCGGCUUUACUGUGGAGCGCAACCAGACGGCAAGUUUCUAAUUCGAGACAAAGAGACGUCUGGUACGUUUGCUCUCUCCGUGGUCUACGGGAAAACAGUUUACCACUAUCAGAUCCUCCAGGACAAGUCAGGCAGACUGUCCAUGCCAGAGGGAACAAAGUUUGACACAAUCUGGCAGCUGGUGGAGUACCUGAAGAUGAAACCCGAUGGCCUGGUCACUGUUCUUGGGGAGGCUUGUAUUUAUGGAAAACCUCCUGAAAAGACACCACAUCUUCCUGCAUCAAGGCGAUCAAAUGGAUACACACCGCCACCUCGAGCCGAAGACCUGCCCAUGGACUGCGCUGGAUUCAACCCGUAUCACGACCCCAAUGACAUCAAGAGGUUCAACAUCAAGAGGAAUCAGCUGAUGAUCGACGAGCUGGAGCUUGGCUCUGGGAACUUCGGCUGCGUCAAGAAGGGCGUCCUCAAGGCAGAAUCAGGUCAGAUAGACGUUGCCAUCAAAGUGCUGAAGAGCGACAACGAGAAGCUGGUGAAGGAGGAGAUGAUGAGGGAGGCAGAGAUCAUGCACCAGCUGAGCAACCCCUUCAUCGUUCGCAUGCUGGGCCUGUGCAACGCUGAGAAUCUGAUGCUGGUCAUGGAGAUGGCCUCCGCCGGACCGCUCAACAAGUUCCUCUCCUCCAGAAAGGAUACCGUCACUGUGGAGAACAUUGUCAACCUCAUGCACCAGGUGUCGAUGGGGAUGAAGUAUCUGGAGGAGAAGAACUUUGUGCACCGAGAUUUAGCAGCUCGCAACGUCCUGCUGGUCAACCAACAGUUCGCCAAAAUCAGUGACUUUGGCCUGUCCAAGGCGCUGGGAGCCGAUGACAGCUACUACAAGGCUCGAACUGCAGGCAAAUGGCCGAUAAAGUGGUACGCUCCAGAAUGUAUUAACUUCCACAAGUUCUCCAGUAAAAGUGACGUGUGGAGUUUUGGUGUCACCAUGUGGGAAGCCUUUUCCUACGGAGGAAAACCUUACAAGAAAAUGAAAGGACCAGAAGUGAUACGCUUCAUUACAAAUGGGAACCGGAUGGAGAGUCCACCAGCAUGUCCAGAGCGAAUGUACACACUGAUGACAGAGUGCUGGACAUACUCGCAUGAAGAGCGUCCUGACUUCAAGAAGGUGGAGGAGUCCAUGAGGUCUUACCAUUACUCCAUAUCCAGCAAGGCCAAGCCUGAGGGAGCUGAAGCUGCCGCCGCCGCCGCCGCCGCUGAGCCUACCAACUAGACAGAAGAAAGGCACAUUCUGUUCCAGCGCUGCACAAAGCGUCCUUUCAACAAGCCAUUAGACAAGCGAAACAAAGAGCGUUUUAUGAACGGUGCACACUGACCAGCUUUGACUACGGUGCCGAUAUGCAGCUAAACAGGCCUCAGCGACAAUAAAUGUGCAUUUGUAAAUCGGACUAACGUGUGUCGGCAAUGCAUGGAUGUCUGUCAUGGUUUGAAUGUUAAGUGUCUUCACAUUAGUGAAAAAAAACGUUUUAUAUUCUGGUAUUUUGAGGAAAGAAUGAGAAAGAAUGCAUGUAAGAGUUUUUCACUGUAACUGUCACCACCUAAGGGCAGCUUAUUGUUUUUAAGUCAAAAAAACUGAUGAUGAAAUCUUUUUUUACAGAUCACACAUUUGUUGUUAUGAUAGAUGGUGUUUUAUGGAGAAACGUAGCCAGAUUAUUAUUAGCCUGAUUAUGUUUUUGUCAUACAGAACAAAUAAAUAAUAUGAAGUCGUC